UAGAGCGAAACCACCGCGUAGUGCUUGUGCUUGUGCUUCCUUAACAGAAGAGAUUACCUACAACUGUACAAUGAUGAUAUCUGUUUUGGAGUAGCUUCGUUGCCAGCGCAUUACUUGUUUUCGCUUUCCGGUUUUUUGGCGAAUCGCAUAACGGCCGCCAUGCUUUUUCCGGCUGCAUCCAUAUUGAUCGCAAAUGUUUUUGUCACUGUGAUUCAAAUUCGAGCCGCCGCUGCAGCUUCUAUUCAAACGUUGGGAACGGAGAACCGAACGAAUAAUGUGUGUCUGACGAAUUAUUGUCGUGAAAAAGCUGCUGAUAUAAAGAACAGCAUCAAUGAAUCGGCAAAUCCUUGCGAAGAUUUCUACGCAUAUGCCUGCGGUAACUUUCAAGCGGUACAUAAACCAACCGCUGUUUACAUAACCAAUGCUGUCUCCGCUAAAGUUGCCAGCGCCAAAUCGGCGAUGUUGAAAGCAACGGGUCCGACAAAUUCAUCUGCAGAGGUCACCGUGAGAAAAUUAUACGCUCAGUGUUUGGAUGACGAGCAGAGAGAGAAACUGGGCACAAAGCCACUUUUCGACACACUGGACCGGCUGAUUGGCGGUUGGCCGCUAUUGACAACCAACUGGUCCAACAACGCCACUCUAAAAUCCAUCUUUACAUCGGUUUAUUACUCGCAACUACCGAUUUUCUUGAAAAUCUCGGUAGAAAUCAGUCUAUACGAUCCGUCGGCGUACUGGAUUGAGCUAAACGAACCAGAUGAAUUAUACAGCCGGGAUAUGCUGGACAGCGAGCGGGGAGCACAGUACGUGGAAGAGUACAUUCAGUGGGUCACCGAAUUAGCCGGCGCACUGGCAUUAAGCGUCAACUCAUCGGUCAAUGUGACCAAGUCUAAGGAUCUUACGAACAUUGUAGAUUUCGGGAGGACCAUCAUUCUGGCAAAGAAAACUGCGGAGCAGACUCAAGAUUUAACAGACAGAAAAACCGUUAUCACUUUAGGACAACUGCAGAAAAAUCGCAAUUUUCAGUCCACGCUAUUUUCCAAUUUAACGGAUCUGAUUCACACCCUGUUUGAUCGGGUGAAUAAGUCCAAUAUGAUAACUGACGAUACGCCAGUGGUGGAUAUGAGUCCACAAUAUUUAAUGAAGCUGGAUGAAAAGUUGCGGGAAAUGGACUCUGCCGGUGAAGAAGGAAAGCGCCGGUUAGCCAAUUAUAUCGGCUGGAAAGUGAUUGUCGGCAGUCGCAAUUGGCUGCCCAAAAAGUAUCGGACGAAAUUUACCGGUCACAUGGAGAGUCAGUGUAUGGCGUAUGUGACCGACGUUAUGCCGCUGGCCAUCAACGAGAUGUGUACUCGGUAUGCGAAUGCAACGGCCAUUAUAGAAAAGGCUACGAAUCUCACGGAACGGUUGCGCAGCAGCCUAGGUGACCUUCUGAACGAAACAACAUGGUUAGAUAAUUCCACCCGGCAACUGGCGCAUGCCAAGCUACAGAGUAUGGAACUUGUAAUUGGGUUUCCAUCAACACCAGAAAGUCGACUCCGCAUCGAUGAUGUGUACAAAAACAUCGGAGUACGAUCGAAUUUCAUGGAGACACUACAAGGAGUCAGAGAAGACGAAACCUUAAGGAACCUUGCAAAACUCGGAACGGCUUUCCAUCGUGACGAUCCUUUUGACGUGAUUUUCGACGCGACAAAAAUUAAUGCAGCCUACAUGUCAGUUAACAGUCUAGGAAUGUCACUGGCGCUUUUGGAGGAUCCUUUGUUCCACCCGGACUUCCCUGAUGCAAUCAACUUUGGUGGCACAGGGUUUACUAUUGGGCAUGAAUUUACGCACGGUUUCGAUACACAAGGUGCACAGUUUGGAAAACUCGGUGGGCUAGAAUCCUGGUGGACCAACACAACAUGGUCAAUUUAUCAAAACCGCACCCUAUCGCUGAUCGAUCAGUAUAAUCAGUAUUCGUUGGAUGUCGGAUCGGUAAACGGUCAUCUGACUCUACUCGAAAAUAUUGCCGAUAAUGGUGGACUAAAAGUGGCAUUCAAGGCUUUGCGAAAAGCACUUCAAUCGCCUCAUUCGAGUACGAGCAACGCUUUGCCUGGAUUAGAAAAGUUUUCACCGGAACAGCUGUUUUUCAUCGCAACCGGCACUACAUGGUGCGAAGUGCGUACGAACGACAGAAACCGCAUGCGUCUGUUAACCGAUGUUCACGCACCAGCGAAGUUUCGUAUUAAUGGUGUUAUGUCAAAUAUGCCGGAGUUUGCGGAAGCUUUCAACUGUUCCGUUGGAUCCCCAAUGAAUCCACAAAAGAAGAACGGCGUGUGGUGAAUUGAAAAGGGUGUGGUUCGAGAACGGAUCUCGUUCUGUAGCAAGUGGUUACGUAUUUGAAAACCAAAACGCCAUUGUACAAGCAGUAUGCUCGAAAUUGUGUGUGCUUUGGAAUGUUGAAACAUGUGUGAUUUAAUGAAUAUAUAGAUGAUCGGGUUGUACAUCUGCUUCUUACUUCCCAAG